AUGUCCUCCUUCGGCGUAAUCAUCUCAGGCCGACCCAUCCUCACAUCCGCGCAACCCAUCUCCCCCACGCAAUUCGCCUUCCAAAUCCCCUCCCACCCCCCCUUCUCCCACAUCGUCGUCUUCCUGCUCCCGGGCGUCACCCUACCCGACGGCACCGCCGCAGCCGUCUACGCGCAGCUCCCCGGCGCAUCGGACUUCGCGCUGCUGGGCGCCCUCGCGAACGAGAAGCCCAGCGCGAUAUUUCGCAUAAACAGUAAAGCCGGGGGUUCCGCAGAUGGGGGGUUAGACAACGCGGAUGAUGAUAGCAUGGUGGAUGAUGUGGGGGGAGGGAGGGGAAGUGCGGCGUCGCCGUUGGCGCUGGGCAUAUCGCUCGAGCCCGCGCAGCAGGUCGCUGCGGCGUUGCUGCAGAAAAAAGCUCAGGAUGCUGCGGCGGGGACGGCGGCGGGGGUAUCCGGGGUGGGGAAUGCGCUGGUGGUUAGGGGCCAGAAUGCGGUUACGACGAAGGUGCUGGCGCAGCGGAUUAUCAAGAAUUGCUAUGAUUUUUUGACGAGUUGGGGGAGUGGGGAUACGGUGCCGUUGAAGGCUUUUCAGGCGUGGUGGACGAAGUUCGAGGGCAAGAUUGAGCGGGAUCCGGGGUUUUUGGAACGGAGUGAUGGGGGGUGA